AUGGGGGCAUGGAAGGGCUGGGGUGCAACUAACAACAACAACGUGCCCUGUUCCCUGCAAGAGGUCAUGAAUGAGCAGUUGGCUGUUCAGUUGCAGGCAGAAGAUAUGAAGCAUGCCCUGAUUAAUGGUGGAGGAGGAGGUGCGAGUAAUGAAAACGACACAUCGAACGAUCUACUCAUUGCAUCCCUUCUUCAGCAAGAAUUUGAUGAGAGCCACGAUAAGCAACUGAGGAGGGAGCAGGAUAAAUGGAAUGGACAGAGCAAAGUGAAGUUAUCAUUCGACAACCAUCGAACUGUCCAUCCAGCCUUAAGAGAUGAAACAGAUUUCGAUGAGAGUUGUUUUUCCGUCUUCUCCAAUGCAGACACCACACCUCAGUUCAACAAGUUUGGGAUAUCUGGCAAGGGGAAGAACAUAAUAACUAAACAUGAUCCAAUCAUAUGUGCUAGGAAAAAUGCUAGCAAGAUUGUGGAAAAUUUCCCUCCAGAACUGGAGACAGGAGAUGGCACGGAUUUCGACAUGAGACUGCCUAACAAUGUCUACAAUAGAUUGAAAGUGCAGUCGAUGAUUGAAAUAAAGAGAACCAAUAGAUACCAUGAGAAGAAGGAACAUUCUACACAAUUAUCGGCCCUGGACAUGAAGACUAAAGUCCUCCUGUACAAAAUGCAACAAAGUGGACUUUGGAACUCUUUGAAUGGAGUUAUAAGUACUGGAAAGGAAUCCAUUGUAUUUCAUGCUAGUGGUGGAAGGUACUUGUAUUGUAUUUGUGUUGUAUUGAUUAUGAUAAUAAGGCUAUUGUCAUUAUUAUUCAGAUGUGACUACGUGAAGGGUGAUUUGAGAUUUUUUAAAGAUGAAUUCAAGAAGCAGAACCCAAGAAAGAUCAUGAAGAUAUGGGCUGAGAAGGAGGAACUUAAUUUGAAAAGAAUGCAGCGUUUCAACCUGCCAUGCCCUGAGCCACUUGCCCUAAAAAAACACAUCCUGGUUAUGACGUUUAUUGGUGAGAGCCAGGUGGCAGCACCCAAGCUCAGUGAGGCCCCACUCUCUUUGGAGCAAUACCACGAUGCUUACAGCCAGUGUGUUGAUAUACUAACGAGAAUGUACAAGGAAUGCAAGCUAGUACACGCAGACUUCAGCGAAUUCAACACACUGUGGCACCGUGGUGUUGUUUACGUCAUCGAUGUAGCACAGUCAGUUGAUCACAUGCACCAGAAGGCGCUCGAGUUCCUCAUCCGAGAUUGUCAAAAUCUUACUAAGUUCUACACAAAGCGUGGAGUGGCGGAUGUCUUAACAUGGCAAGAACUCUUCAAUAACAUCACCGACUUGAACAUAACUGGAGACGGCAUGGAUUUCAUUGCUCAGGUUGGUACUUUUAUGAUACUACGAUCUUGA